AUGAAUACUCGAAUGCCACCCAACAGUAUGUUUCAUGUUUAAAGGACCUUAAAAAGAGGUAGUAAUCCAAACCAAUAAGAUGGAAGAGACUAUUUUAUUCAAUUAUCUGGUGAUAAUGAUGUUCAUAAAGAGUGGAAAAAAGUAGAAUACCACAACCCAAAAGAUCUAAGUUGGAGUUAAUUUUGA